ACUGUCAAAAAAGGGGGCUUGGUCCCUAUUCUGACACACGAUAUAUCUUUUUUUUCCUUGCACAUAAACAUUUUAAGAACCCAAUUAUGUUCAUUAAUAAAUGUAUAAAUUGAUUUUCAUUUCCGUAUCUUAGACCGACGUGAUGCUCGUCCUGUCAUACCCCCCGUGUGGUCAAAAAUGGCGCCGUCCUGUGGUGUAUUUUUGAGGACAAGGGCAUAUUCUCCUGUCACCGUCAGAUGUGUUGUUGUCUCAUGUGAGAGUCAAACAUGGCGAGGUUUUUGAGGCCUAACAUCAGGACUUUUGUCACCUCACAGCUGAGAAUGUCUUCCGACCAGGUAAAAUAUGUGCUGAAAACACAGCAGUCGAUUAAAGGACUUGUCUCUGUAACCGUCUCGUGUGAGUCGCCGUUUCUUUGUAGCUUUUUACCCAAAUGGUAAAUCGACAUGUUCACAUGGCAAUAGGUCAGAUAGAUUUGUCUAGUGGUAUUCUAGGUUGUUGGUCAAUGCGCUGGAAAAACAAACGUCAGGGAUUGAACGAAAGGAUUAAUCGUAAUUUCAAAUAUCAUAGCAUUACCUGUUUUCUGUAAAGCCACUUUAUUUAGAGAGAAAUUCAAUAAAAACUUGGUUUGACCUCUGAAGUUUUUGGCUGCUUUGUGACACAGUUUCUGGAUUGCUCUAGAAGUCUUUGUUUAACCAUUUAAAGACAAAAAAAGCAUUUCGUUUUGGAAAAAAAAAAACCCUGAAAUUUAACCUUCAGAGUAGUAUACAAACGGUAUAUGACUGUAUCUUUCUGUCACAAAAACAGGUGUCUGUAAAAACUUUGCCAGAGAGACAUUAGUUCUCAAAUUGCAUACUCAUACAGUUCUGAAAGAAAGGAUUUAAAAACUGCUUUGAAGCCAUUUGCUUGUCUUUGAGAGUAUACUAAGCGUUUCCCUUAUAAAUGCUCCCCCACCCUUUCAGCUGGGUGAGCUGGGCAAAGGUGCAGGAAAAGGUGGUGGCGGUGGAGGAUCCAUCAGAGAGGCAGGUGGAGCCAUGGGGAAGAGGCAGGCCGCUGAGGAGGAGAUGUAUUUCAAGUACGCAUUUCUUUUCUUUCACAGUAAACAAAGAAAAUGGUGUCAUGUCUUUCAUGGAGGCCUAAGCUGAAGCCUAAACUUCCAAUUAUUUUCCUAUUGUUUUACUUCCAACUAUCAUGCUGUCCUUCUUAUUCAUGUUUAUUUCUCUUUGUCUAUUUUCCUCAUGUCUGUUUAUUCCUCCACUUCUCUGCUGUCACCCACCACCUUAUUUGUCCAUGAACACAUAAGGCGUAAGGAGCAAGAGCAGCUUGCAGCACUGAAGCAGCAUCAUCAAGAAGAAAUAGACCACCACAAAAAGGAGAUUGAACGUCUGCAGCGUGAGAUUGACCGUCAUAAGGGAAAGAUCAGAAAGCUGAAGCAUGAUGACUGAGUGGAAUCCUCCAAAUAAAAUGCUCUGCCAACUUCACCGUUCCAGCCAGAUGCUUUUGGUUAUUACUUGAUUGCUGCAUGCACUCUAUCAAGACCGUCAUGAAUGUGUGGGUGAUGAUUCUGUAAAUGCUUGAAGGUUAUUAAAACCAUUCAUAAAAUACUUGUUGUCUCCAUAGCAUGUUGUGUUAAGUGUGAAAAGGUUAAAAUUCCCCCACCUAAGGUAUUAGGAUUGAGAGAGAUGUGAUUUAGCAGUAGCUCAGGAGGUAGAGUGGUUCGAUUCUCCCCUAUCCCAAGUCUGUCCGUUGUGUCCUUGGGCAAGACACUUAACCCACCAUUCUCCCAGUGUGUGUCCUCCACUGAUGUAUGAUUGUGAGUGAUGUGUGGUGGUGGUCGGAGAGGCCGUAGGCGCAAAAUGGCAGCCACGUUUCCGUCAGUCUGCCCCAGGGCAGCUGUAACUACUAAGGUAGUUUACCACCACCAAAGUGUGACUGUGUGAGCGAAUGAAUGAUGUAUCCAAUGUAAAGAGCUUUGAGGGUCUCUGAUAAAGCGCUAUAGGAAAUCUGAUGCAUUAUUAUUAUUAUUUUGAAUACUCACAAUGGGAAUAGAAUAUACAUUUUCAUUAAUGACACGCAGCUUAGGUUUUAUCCAUAGACUGUGUAUACUAUAUAUAGUAUAUUCUAGAGUAUAUAUUCGAUGUACAGUCUAUGGUUUUAUCUCAACAGUUUUUAUGCAGUUUUGGCAUGUAUCAGAAACGAACAAGAAGCUGAAUACAGAGAUCUGAUAAGAGCCUUCAGUGACUGGAGUCACAACAACUGCCUCCUCCUCAACACCUAAAAGACAAAGGAGAUGUUCAUAAACUUCUGUAGAUCCAAACCCCCU